UCCUCCUCCCUCCGUCCCUCCCUUCGUCCCUCCUCCUCCUCCUCCUCGCGCCCUCCUCUCCGGCCCCGCCAGCGCCACACACUCGCACCCUGAGACGCGAGGCUGCACGCCCAGCCGGGCGAGCUGGAACCGAACCCACAACUUCACGGGCGCACACGUCUCGGCUUAGGUGCGGCAGAAGGAGUUUCUCCGCCCGCGGAGGAGGUGCCGAGCAGCAUGGUCCGGAGAAGCGCCUCGCCGGCGGCGGCGCUCCGGCUCUGGAGCAUCCUCCCUUGUCUGCUGGUGCUGCGGGCGGAGGCCGGGCAGCCGCGGGAGGAGAGCCUGUACCUGUGGAUCGAUGCUCACCAGGCCAGAGUGCUCAUAGGAUUUGAAGAAGAUAUCCUGAUUGUUUCAGAGGGAAAAAUGGCCCCCUUCACACACGAUUUCAGAAAGGCGCAGCAGAGAAUGCCAGCUAUUCCUGUCAAUAUCCAUUCCAUGAAUUUUACCUGGCAAGCUGCAGGGCAGGCAGAAUACUUCUAUGAAUUCCUGUCUUUGCGCUCCCUGGAUAAAGGCAUCAUGGCGGAUCCAACUGUCAAUGUCCCUCUGCUGGGAACAGUGCCUCACAAGGCAUCAGUUGUUCAAGUUGGCUUCCCAUGUCUUGGAAAACAAGAUGGGGUGGCAGCAUUUGAAGUGAAUGUGAUUGUAAUGAAUUCUGAAGGCAAUACCAUCCUGCAGACCCCUCAAAAUGCUAUCUUCUUUAAAACAUGUCAACAAGCUGAGUGCCCGGGAGGGUGUCGAAACGGAGGCUUGUGUAACGAAAGGCGAGUCUGCGAGUGUCCUGAUGGAUUCUAUGGCCCUCACUGUGAGAAAGCCCUUUGCAUGCCGCGAUGUAUGAAUGGGGGGCUUUGUGUGACUCCUGGUUUUUGCAUCUGCCCACCUGGAUUCUACGGAGUCAAUUGUGAUAAAGCGAACUGCUCAACCACCUGCUUUAAUGGAGGUACCUGCUUCUACCCUGGAAAAUGUAUUUGCCCUCCAGGUCUAGAGGGAGAGCAGUGUGAAAUGAGCAAAUGCCCACAGCCCUGCCGAAAUGGAGGUAAAUGCAUUGGUAAAAGCAAAUGUAAGUGCCCCAAAGGUUACCAAGGAGACCUGUGUUCUAAGCCUGUCUGCGAGCCUGGUUGUGGUGCACAUGGUACUUGCCACGAACCCAACAAAUGCCAAUGUCGAGAAGGCUGGCAUGGGAGGCACUGCAAUAAAAGGUACGGAGCCAGCCUCAUGCAUGCCCUGAGGCCAGCAGGCGCCGGGCGCGGGCAGCACACGCCUUCACUUAAAAAAGCCGGGGAGCUGCGGGACCCACCUGAAUCCAAUUACAUCUGGUGAACUCCGACAUCUGAAACGUUUUAAGUUACACCAAGUUCACAGCCUUCGUUAACCUUUCAUGUGUUGAAUGUUCAAAUAAUGUUCAUUACACUUUAGAAUACUGGCCUGAAUUUUAUUAGCUUCAUUAUAAAUCACUGGGCUGAUAUUUACUCUUCCUUUUAAGUUUUCUAAGUAUGUCUAGCAUGAUGGAAUAGAUUUUCUCUUUUCAGUCCUUCAGGACGGAUUUUGUCCUAUGUCAGUUGAUCACCUUAAAAAUUUGUCCUUUUGGUGUGUAUUUGGCAAAUUACUUGCAAAAUUACAAUGCAUUCAUGGUGUUGAGGGACUAGGGAACAUUAAACAGGUUAAGCUGAACAAAAAAUGCAUAAUUCACAAGGGUUUGGAUGAAGCAGUUAAUAGUGUUGAAGUUAAAAUAAUUCAAAUUUUAUUGUUAAAUACUUGGAAAUUUGUCUGAAUUGAUGUUUCAAUUGCCCUCCCUUAUCUUGAACUGCAUACAAGAUAUUUUACCCUUACCAUUAUUCCAGACAGUUCAAUAGUGAGAAAAGAAACAAAUAAUUAUACUGUGUUAAUGGCAUUUAAACAAUAUAAUAUAUUGUAAACACAAUGAACUAAGGAAUAUAAUGUAUGAAGUUUUUGCAUUGGAUUGAAGCAAUAUAAUAUAUUGUAAACAAAACU